AUGACUGUCGACUCAACAUGCCCUCCCAAACUCCGCGUUGCUGUCAUAGGCAGUGGAAUUGCUGGCCUUGCAGCUGCUGCCUUUCUCCGAAAACACCCCCAGUUUAUCAUUACUGUCUACGAGCUCCGUGGUGCAGAUUGGAAAGAAUCUUCUGCGGCGCUUGGGCUUCAAACGAAUGGCACCUCCAUCGUGCAGCAGCUGGGUAUCACUAGAGACGAGGUCCGCGGGGUGAUAGGUGCUGGGUAUCGAACAUACAACAUUCGGGAAGAGCCGAUGAGCAAGGGCAAAGUGGCCUUCCCAUCAGAUGGAGAGACUGGGUUCUGGUUUGUGCAUCGACAGGAUUUAAAGGACGCAUUGUUGCGCAGAGUAAUCGGCGAGGAUGAAGAAGGGGAGCCUAUCCAGGUAGUUUACGACAGCCACAUUGUGGAAAUUGACCCAGAGGCUGGUAUUGUGAAGUUUGCAGACAGGUCUUCCAUCGAAGUUGAUCUGAUCAUUGGCGCCGAUGGCAUCCAUUCCAAAGUCCGUGAAGUGGUUAUUCCGCCUUCGCACCCAGAGCCUGCUUCGUGCGGGCUCAGCGUGUACCGCUUUGUUCUCCCCAUGGAUGUCCUCAGAAACGAGGAUGGCAAAAUGCCAGAAAUGCUCACCUUCGACGAGGGUAACUUCGUAGUCAUCAUCGCUGCGGGCGAUGAGGGCAACCGCAACAUGGUCAUUUAUCCAUGCCGUGAGCUUGAGCUGAUGAAUUUCGUCUGCGGUGUCCCUGAUACAAGCCCUAAGGCUUUAGCCCAUCUUAAAUCACCUGGCAGCACCCAAGCUAUCGCAAAGGAUAUGGUGGAGGAGUUUCAUGGGUUCCCCAACUGGCUGCUAGAGCUAUUUAGUCGCUCCGAUCUGAUAGAACUCUUCCCUGUGAUCGAUCAAGAGCCUCUGCCUACGUACGUCAAGGGCCGGACCAUGCUAAUUGGCGAUGCUGCGCACGCCAUGGCACCGUAUCAGGCACAGGCAACGAACCAAGCCCUUGAAGAUGUGGAGGGUCUCAGCGUCAUUCUUACAGAUAUUUCUAGCCGCGAUAGAAUCCCAAGUCUACUGAAAGUGUGGGAUAAUAUACGCCGACCGCACGCAUCGUUUGUUCAAAAGGACUCGCUCGACUCGCAGGCCAAGCUCUCGACAAUACAUUGCAGCGAUAAGUUUUUGAACUUUAAGCCGUAUGUCAGAAUGGAAGAAGUGAUCAGGCAGCUUUCUGAGCAUCAGGGGGCCGGGGUUCUCGCUUAG